CCCACGCACGGGUCGGAUGUUGCGUGACGCUUCUCCUCGGACGCGUUCUGGUAGAAGCGAGGAGGCUGGAGGCGUCCCCGGUCACGCCAUCCGAGCCGAAGCCGCGCGGUCUCUCGCUCAUCGUCUGCGUUAAAAAAAGCGAAGCUAGGUGCCCGUCGCUUAUAAUACCAGCCGCGCGCGAUGGUGCUCGGCGAAGGACCGAUUUAUGAUUCGGCCGCCGCGAAUGAGCGCGUCCCGCCUCCGGGCCGGUUUUGAUUCGCAGGGGCGGGAGGGGGGUAGGGGAUCGCCGAGCGUGACCCACGCGGCCCGGCGGUGCCGCAAACGAAUUAAUUUAAUGCGUUUACGCGAGUCGCCGGCUGGAUUGGCGGGCCGGCGUUAAUCGCAGUCGCCGCGCUCCUCCGGUCCCGGCGUGCAUCCGGGCGGGCGCGUGCGCGUGCGCGCGCAGCCUUUUUCGUUUUUCCCGCGGUCGCGUCCUCGCCUCUGAUUGGCCCGCCGGAUUUCGAAGGUCCCGCGGUGCGGGAGAAAAUCAGCCGAAAAUUCCCGACGCCGAGCCGGAAAGAUGGCGGGAAUCUCUCCCAGGAAAUUGACCACGCUUCGCUGACGGGGAAGAAGAGAUGGCGUUGCAGAUGCAGUGGCUGAUGGUGAUGCUGUGCCUGUACGCGGGGGUGGUCCGAGCCCGAACGGAGGAAGAUCAGUCCUCGUCCACGUCCAGCAGCCACGUGGUGUCCCCGACGAUCCUCGAUCAUUGCUUCCAUCGGGAACCCACCGAAUGCCCCACAUCCGAGGAGUGCCCUUGCAAGCGGAUAGUCGUAUCGGAUGACAGUCCCGAGGCGAACGCGGUUUUCUGCUGCAACCUCGACAACAACACCUUCGAGUCCGGCCUUGCGUGUGCCAAUUUUCCUGCCAACGUGACGUACAUCCAUAUAAGGAACGCCACCAUAGACAGCGUCAACGUGAGCGAGGUGCGAUGGAGAAGACUAAAAUCUCUGGCUGUGACCGAUGGUAGAGUCAAUCGCGUGAAGGGCCAGUUCCUGAUGAUGACGCCGAUCCAUUGUCUGAAUCUCUCGAACAAUGCCCUGGUCGAGGUUGAGAACAAAAGCUUCACGAGACUCUCUUUGCUGACUACAUUGGACCUCUCGUUUAAUAAUAUCACGCAUUUGCCGGCUUUGAACACCAUGAAUACCAGGGAGUUCUGGCUCGACAUUUCGGGUACUAACACACUUUGGUGCCAUGAUAUUUACCAGUACAUUAACAAGACGGGAGAGAAGCAGAUCAACUUCAACAGGGAGAACGAGACCGUGUGCUCGGCUAGCAAGACCUGGCAUUGGUUCAAUACCACGGAACAAGUACCUCUCAAGCAAGUCCGAUACCUCAGCUUGCUGCAAACCGAGUGCCCCAAGAGCGAAGCUUGGCAGUGCCAGUGCAACUUCCGAAGAUUAGACAUCGUCGAAGGGAAGCCGCCAACGUUGGCCGUAAAUGUGGAUUGCAGCGGCAUCCAACUUACGGAGUUGCCUGAGAAACUUCCGCGCAACACAAUUGCUCUGAAUGUCUCCUACAACAAUAUCACGAUACUCGACGAAAUGAGCACUAAUCCUUGUUACGAGGACAUCAGAGAAUUCUACGCUGAUUACAACAACAUAUCGUCCAUCAAUAAAUUAGAGGGCUCCAAAUUUUUGGAUAAUUAUGCUCUGCUCAGUCUGCGCUUCAAUAAAAUAAAAACGCUCCCGACGUACAUCUUGGCUCCGAAUGCUCAUAAGAACUUCGUGAGUUCGCGCCUAGUAAAGCUUGGUGGUAAUAAGCUGCACUGCGACUGCAAUACGGCGAAGUUUUUAAAGGUGUGGCUGCAAACGCGUAUACUGGAUUACGAUGAAGUACUGUGCGAAAACGCGAAGGAGAAGGUGAUGGAUCUGGAACCCUCGAAGAUGUGUGUCUACCCCGGAGAUUGGACGGACUAUAUCUACUAUAUUAUAGGAACCGAAGUGAUAUUACUCGUGAGCCUCAUUGCGAAGGUCUCGUAUGACUAUUGGGUAUUUAAAACCGCAGGGUACCUUCCGUGGCCGGCUAAUAAAAUGCCGAAGCUACCGUGCGACUGGUUAUGCGAAACGUAGCAGUAUAAGUGAACCAUACCUGAACAGGUUAGCAAGAAUUGUAUAUAUUUUUGUACGCUCUAGGAAUUGUUGUCGACUUUUUGACUUCCUUUAAUGAGGUACGUCGCUCUUCACGCGACAUUUCUGAUACAAUGUAAAUGUGUAAUGUGCCUUGCCUUAACUUUCCAUGGGCUUCGAAAAACUUUUACAAGACAUUUCGACUGAUUGUUUAUUACUACUUGUUACGAUGGAGUUAUUCUUGAUUUAUGUGCUUCCAAUUCCGAAGCAAGAUAUUUUCUAAGGCGUGUAUUGUAAAAGAACUGUGGCUCACUGUCGUCGCUCCAACGUUAGUUUUAAGUAAAAAUUUAAGAACUUUGUAUUUACGUCGGUGCCUUACAGCAUUGGAUAUAACGACAGACUGAUUGUAAUUUAUAACGAGAGUGCAAGUCACCGAUAUUUGCGUAUUCGAAUGAAACUACUAUUUAAGAAAGA